AUGGACCGGUGCGGUGAGGUUCUCGAGACGGUGCGAAAAACAAGAAGGAGGGCACGGGUUGUUGCCCGACGCGAGGAGAAAAUGGAGGUCUUCUCGAAGCCAGAGGAGCUGAAGACCCAAGUGCACGACCAGGCGCGACCUGGUCUCGCCGACUUGCACGUCAAGAGCAAUUCCAUGAUGAGAACAAUCGGUGGCAAGGAUCGGCGCAAGCUGAAGUCGGCACAAGGUGUUGGACACCAAGAUGAAUCCGGGUUGUGUCUUGCCAUGGUGCACUGGUGGCAGAAUAGCCAAGCCAGAUCCCAGGAGAUCCUCACCAGCCUUUUUGCUACCCGAAGAUGCACUUCUAGCACUUGGAACUACACCAAUGUGAAAUACAGGGUCAAUGCCGGCAUUGCAGAGGUCAAGUUGGACGACCCACUUACUGGCAAUGCAUUGACCAACAAGACGAUAUCCGCUUUGCUGGACAUCUGUGCUGAAUUGCACGGACGGCAUGAUGUUAAAGUCAUUGCAUUUACAGCAGCAGGGCUUCAUUUCUGCAGCGGUGGUGCCUUCGGUGGAGAUGUUGCUCCUGACGAUGCCGAGUAUGCGCCCAAGCUGGAUCCAGGAGCCAGUGAAUUCGAAAUGACUACAGCAUCGAAUCUCUUGCUCGCCAAGCUAGUUUACUUGCUGAACACAUUGCCGCAGUUCAAGGUGGCCGCAAUCCGUGGCUCGACGCUGGGUGCGGGCAUCAGCAUCGUUGCUUCCAUGGACUUGGUGGUCGCACCACCAAAGAGGACGAUGUUUAAGUUCAAGGAAGCUGCGCGUGGUCUGGGAGCGUGCUGCUCCUGGCAGGGCAUCAUUGCGAAGAUAGGUGUGGCGAGAAUGCGACGGCUGUGCAUGUUAGCGGAGGACGUGGACGUGUUCGAAGCCAAGGAGCUUGGGCUGGUUGACGAGAUCCUCGAAGGUUCAUACGCGGAUGCAGACGAGUGGGCGGUGACGAAGGCCAAAGAAGUCGCAAGACGCAGCCUGGACGACCGCUCGAGUCUUAAGACAACAGGCGAACACCGUUGCCGUGCACGACUCUUUCCGAUGCCUGGGCAAGGUGCCGACUGCUUCGCCGAGGUCGUGCUGCUGUUGUUGUCAUGGAGUGACGGAGAUGUUGCUGUGCUGCGGCGCAUGCGACCGCUAGCAGUUCAGUGCUCGCGGCUCGCCACUCUUGCUGGACGCAACCCGUACGAGAAGAGUUCAAUGGGCUGGCGGAACAUAAUCAAAGCGAAUUUCCUACCUGUGUACAACAAGCUGGUCGAGCGAGAUGCCGGUCUGCGGACAAAGGAGGAUGCAACUGCUUUUGAAAAGAAGAAGCUGAGCCCCAAUCAAAGAGAUCUACUGCGCAAGCUCCAGAGUGCUGCCGUCGCAGCACCGAAAGCUGUACGAGUGGAUGCAAAGCGCCACGGGCUGAACGUCUCGGCCCAGGUGGCACGACAGCUCGAAUCAGAGGUGAAGAUGCAACGCGGUGUCAAGGGUGAGCGCAAGGGCCUGGAGGCUGCCGAAGCUGCUGAGAAGAAGCGGGCGAAGCAGCAGAAGACACGGAGCGAGAAACUGCAAAUGGGGGCAAAGCUGCUUACACUGCAGAGUGAUGCAAUCGGUGACAUGCAGGAGCUGUUGGAGGCUUUCCGAAAACAAGAUCCCGGAAUGGCUGAUUGGCUGCUGAAGAGCGAUCUGAUAGCAGCGAGGGAUGUUCUGCCUCGAAGGGAAGAUGCGAAGACGAUUGCAAAAGCCAUGAAGGACCAAAGCAAGAAGCUUCGCAAAGCGGCCGCCAAGACGGCGGCCCCUUUCCAGGCCGGCAACACAAAGCUUUACAGUGCCGAGGUGGCCCCCGGGCUUCUGCUUCGGGGCAAGAUCGACGCUCACAGGCAGAUGUCCGACGAGGGAUGCCGCAGCAUCGAUAUUUUCGAGCACAAAGCUCGCCAGCGCAAGCUGUUCUACACUUUGAAGGAAUACGAGAAGAUCCAGUGCCUUGGCUACAUCGACCUGGUAAAAAGAGACUCCGGCGAUUCCGGGGUUCGGUGCUUCCUCGUGGAGACGUUUCAAGGAACUUCAUGGCAAUGCGAAGUGAAGCAGGAGCCGGAGCUGUGGAAGGAGCGCAUUGACCAUGCCCGGGCUGCAGUGCCGGAGGAUUGGGGAAACACCGUUGGCCUCACGAGGUUGGAAGAAGUGGCAGCUCCAUGGCAGGUGGACUUGCUUUGCUCGCAUCUCUUUGCAGGCUGUGAAGCGUGUGACAGUCCUUCGUCUCUCAGGAUGCAGCUUUGGCCGGAAUACGAGAUAGAUGCACUGCUGGCCGGCCUUGUGGAUGCCCUCGCGGAGCUCCACCGAAGCGCCGGGAAGGUGCGACUUCUCCAUGUGCAGAUGCCAAGCAAGCAAGGCGACGGAUGUUUGUCCACUCGCGUGCCGGCGGCUCUCGCAGACCGGUUCCACGAGGUCCUGGCGUUGUUCCACAUGCUGCCAAUGUUCGUAUUGGGCACACUGAGGGGACAGAUCUCUGGAUCGGGCCUCGUACUCUGCUCAACCUUCGAUGCAGUGGUGACAGUGCAGGCGAGCUUUGACUUCUCUAGUCUCUCGCUCGACUUCCCGGGUGUCACAGAUUUUCUUUGUCCUCGCCUGAAUGAGGUCGUGCUGCCGCGCUCCGAGAUCCCGCUGUCAGCAGUCCAAGCAAAGGAACUUGGACUGGUCUACGAGGCUCUACACAGCGAAGAACAGUUACAAGACCUGUUCGCGCGGAUCUGCAGCAAGCUGUCCGAGUGUGCGCCAAAUGCUGUUGCACAGUCCAAAGCAUUCAUCCAGAAGAUCGGAAGCGUGCCUAUGGAGCCGAAAGUCUUGCGCGAGCUCGCGUGCCACAUCGCACAGCGCAUGCAAGAUCCAGAAUUUCAGGACUCCAUUCGGCAGAUCGUCGACAAGGGCCAUCUGCCUGUGCACAUGCGGCCGGCAAACAGAGUAGUCCCGGAGCAUGUUCUGUCAGAGAGCCAGGGAUUGGAGGUGGAGGUAACGGUCCAAGCUGCGUGGCCCGCAGCGUCCCUGGCAGCCGAGCUCCUCGAGGGCCUGGCGGAAGUUGGCCGAGGUGCAACGUUUCUCCGUGCGCUCUCUGGGAGCUCCAGUUCCCGGUGGCGCCAGGAUGCUGCCAAGCACGCAGACGCGGCUCUCUGCUGCCAGGGCAAGUCGGCCUAUGGCAGGCUGCUCUCUCUCAGAGCACGGCAUUCGUUUUCCUCGGCCGUUGUUGAGGCAGCCCGAGGAAUGGAGCGAGCGGACAGGGCCAUUCUUGAGGAGCAGGGUCGGUUGGAUGCCAUGACUUGCCCAGUCGGGCAGCCGUGGGUCAUGCUGCACUCGAAGGGUGGGUACACCGAAGUCUUCUGUGGGAAGGAUCUCGCCAAGUUGAGCAAGAUGGUGCUGACAGGGAAGCCGGAAAAGUCGGUCGGACGACUGAGCGGCGCUCCACGACGAAGUGGGCUGGAUCACGUCUUGUAUGAGUUCAUCGCUGAGGAGGAUUCCUAUCCAGAGCUGAUUGGCUAUGGAGAUCUUGGUGAUCCUUCCGGGGCGUCUCAGCUACUGAAAGCUCUUCUUGAAGCUGCCGACGCCCUCGCCACUGCCAGCAGCUUUGGCAGGGUAGCAUUCCGGCAUGGGACGCCUGCAGGAGACGCUCCACCAGCAGUCCUUGGUGGAUACGGCCUCGAGCUGAUGACCCGCAGCGCCGACGAGGUUGCCAAGAGCAAGGACGAUGACUCGCUGCAGGAAGCAGAGGAGGAGGUGGAUGGCAGGUGUCUCCGUGAGGUAUCCGAUCCUGCAGAAUCCUUUCACGGAAUAGACAUCGCAGCAAUCGCCAAAGACUUUCCAGACGGUGCCUCUGCUCUUUGUCGUUUGCGCAGCGAUCUGGUCACCCAAGCUGAGAAGCCACUUCUCCCAUGGGAGCUAACUCGCUUGGGCGCUCGGGCUGCCAUGCGCGCGGUGCGUCUCAGCAAUGAAUCCAGCUUGCAAGGUCUUCUUUCGCUUGGCGAAGUCGCUCAGGACUACCCAUCCGGAUGGGGCAGGGCAUUGUCUGCGGGCACUUCGGAAGAUUCGCAGACUGCGCGUGAGUUGAUGGAAGAUGCAGAGGCAAUCAAGGGUGACGACACGCUGCAGGUGAACGGUUGGCAGGUGCCGGAGAAACAACGAGGCCUCCUUCCUGUGCUGCGGGCACAGCUGCCGCUCUUUCGCUCGGCUGAACUUCUAGCCUCGUCCGGAAUCAGCCAGUCCGGAGCAUUUGCCCUGCUCCGGGAUGCACGCAGCGGGCCGGCGGUGCCAUCAAGAGUGAACACCGGCGACCCACGCAUGGAGAAGAAAGGGAAGGUGCCGUCGUUUCUUCUCGACAAGCAAAAUCCAGUGCUUCUUGGACUGGGCUUCGUCAUUGACCCUUGCAGCCGCAAGCAGCUGAAGAUCUUCAACGCAAUCAUCAAGCGUGCAAUGCCGGCGAUGGCGUGGCUGCGGCUCCAGAGUUCCACACACAGCGCAGCUACUCGCCUUCUUGUGCGCUUUGCAGAGGAUCAUGCUUCGGAGGAAGAAAACCUUUGCGGCGAGGAUGCUGUUAAGCGCAUCAAGGGCCUCUACAAGAAGGCUUUUCAACAGUAUCAGUACGAGAAGGCCAAAAAGCUGAAAACUUCAGACGACCGCUCCUCCCUGGAUCUGCGCUUUCCGACACCGAGUGUGAGUGUGAAUGGAAAGAUGAUAGUGGGGCUGGAGAACAUGGAGAAGUUGCUGGAGUCGGAGAUACAGCAAGAAGUGCAGCAGAUCUCAUUCGCUUUCCAGAUGAUGAGAACACGACCUUCGAUGGUCCCAGAAAAGCAAAUCCUGAACUUCGCCUACAGCAACAAGCAUUUUCAUCCGACGCACGGCUCCUCACAGUCACAGCUCUUGCUGAAGCAAUGCAUUGAGCAGUGGGGCAGUGGGAGCAGCUUCCGCAUUCAACCCAAGUUGCUGACGGCCUGGUAUCCGGGAAUAUCCACAUCUCCCAUUCGGCAUGUGCCUUUGCAGCCGGACAUCCUUCGGAAAGUGCCAGGAGGUCAGCUGCAAGGAAAGUCCUCGCGGCCCUACCCUGCAGUCCACCUUGCGGUGCUCCACGGCGACACGAAGCUUUUGCAGGAUUUCCGAGAGGUCCUCGGGGCCUUCGCGGCGCUAUCCUCGCUGUCGGGAAGCCGUCCGAGUCCAAAACGAUAUCUUCACGUCGCCAUCACAGCAGGCUGCGGUCAGCCUGUUGGAUCACCUCUGCCCGCCUCUAGCGCCUUGCGCCGCUGUGUUGCGGCUGCCUCCACCAGCGGCUUCGACCAGCUGACGCAGCUGCUUGAUACGCUGCCGCUCGCAGAUGUCACAGCCGAGAUGCUCUUGACGGCAUGCGGCACUUCGCUGCCCCACAAGGUCCUUCAGCCGAAGGCUGCGACAGUGGUGCAGGAAGAUGUGGAGCGCUGCCAAGCGCACCUGCCCAUAUUACGCGAUGUAGGAGUGCUGGACGGCACCAUGCUUCUUGUGAACGGGCGGCUCUUUGGACCCUUGGAGCUGGAUGGUCAAAGCUUCACCGCGGGCAUCGUCGCCCACGCGGAGGAGCUGGAGCUCGACUUUGGACCCAUGCAGUUCCAGGACGGACUCGUUCUGGCCGAAGAUGCGGUUGUGAAGAUGCUCAAGCAGAAGGCUGGCUCGGAGGACUAUCUCCUGGCAUUUGCGCUGGCAGUGCGUGCUCGCUCGGUUGUGGAGAGCUUCGCCGCGCGAAGCGGCGAGACCACGGAAGAGAAGUCCGAGGAUGGAGAGCAGCUGCAGGAUUCGCAUCGUCAAGGAGUCGCCGAAGUGAUGUACGAAAGGGCACCGCCGGGAUUGCGAAUGCACCUGGCUCCAAGAGAGGUCUCCUUCGGAUCUCCGAUCCGGGUGUAUGCCUUGCUGAACCCUCUCGGCAAGGGAGCGCAACGUCUCCCGCCACUGCUGGCGCUCUUACACCAGGAGCUGAACGCCGAAGUGUUCGUCACUCUUCGCCCUGUGCGACUGGCUGAGUCUCCUCUGACGGGUUACUUCCGAACGGCUGCCACACCAGCAGCACCUGAAGGCGGUCUUGCCGCACUGGGAGAGUGGAACGGCACCAUGAAGGGUGUUCGGAUUGAACUGCCACCACGACGCGGCCAGCUGUUGAGUGUCCAGCUCGUGGCCCCAGAUGAUUGGCUCUGCUCGCCGGUGGACUCUGCUGCUGACCUAGACAGCAUCCCAGCGCAUGCCCCAAGAGGCUCUCCGGGUGCCAAGGUCCAUGUGCGCUAUGAGGUGGAGGCUCUUUUCCUCGAGGGUGUGGCAGAGGAUGCACGGGGCAGCCCAGCCACCGGACGUCAGCUUGCACUGGCACCCCUGCGUGGCGUGGCUGAGACCGCUGGCAGCAACUCGGUGGUUGUGAAAAGCGGCUACUUCCAACUGCGUCAGAAGCCGGGUGUGUACCAGCUAUCUCUUCACUCCAGCGAAGAGAGGCUGCUGCGACCGAAAGGUCUCGUGCAGCUGGCAGAUCUGGCUGGCAGAGGCUCUCUGCUGGAAGCUCGAGUUGGCAAAAUGGGUCUGGGAGAGGAUGCACAAGCGAGCUUCUUCAAAGCAAACGACUCCGAAAGCACGCAGAACUUCGAAGGGGCAGGUGGCGAUCCUGCAGAAUGCUCCGAGACAAUCCACAUCUUCAGCGUGGCAUCAGGCCGGGCAAUUGUGAAGACGGAAGCAGGCUUGAAGAAACAGCACGAAUGUCAGCAACCUCUCACCAUGGAAAUCUAUGAUGACAGUGGCACAGUCUCAGAAAGUCCCAUCAGAUACUUCGCAGGUCUUCGCUACGAGCGCUUGCUGUGCAGGGCCGAGAUGCGAAUCAUGAUGCUCUCAGUCCGCAAGCACACCAAGUGCAAGCUGCGUUUCUGGCUCGUGGAGAAUUUCCUGAGCCCUCGCUUCCGGCGAGUUCUGCCGGGUUUGGCGGAGAGGGUGGGCUUUGCCGUGAGUCGGGUGACCUACAAGUGGCCCACCUGGCUGCGAGAGCAAACGCAAAAGCAGCGGGUGAUCUGGGCAUACAAGAUCCUUUUCCUGGAUGUGUUCUUCCCAGCAGAAGUGAAGCGCAUCCUCUUCAUCGAUGCUGACCAGAUCGUCCGCGCCAACGCCGAGCUCUCAGAGAAGCAGUCCAUGCUCCUCAAGCAGCUGCACGCCUUGACCCUGUUGCUUGCGAGUGUGGUCAAUGUUGGUGCGAGCGAUCUUGCGACAAGACAAGGUGGAGGAACUAUGGAGGAUGGCCAUGUCUAUGGCUUUGUGCCAUUCUGCGGAUCUGGACCACCAGAAAGCCUCACGAGCCACAUCUGGGGGUCCUUGACCGGAAAGGCAGCAAAGCAGGAGGAUUUGAAAAAUCCGGACACUGUCGGCUUUCGGUUCUGGGAGCAAGGAUUCUGGAAGAAUCAUCUGGCUGGUCGGCACUUCUACCACAUCUCCGCCCUGUUCGUUGUUGACCUAGAGGUGUUCCGACAAACUGGGGCAGGGGAUACUCUCCGAGACGUCUAUCAGUCCUUGACGGCGGACCCGCACAGCUUGGCCAACUUGGAUCAGGAUCUGCCAAACUACAUCCAAGCCAAUCUGCCCAUAUACAGCCUGCCACAAGAAUGGCUUUGGUGCGAGAGUUGGUGCAGCGAGAGUUCCAAAACCAAUGCCAAAACCAUCGACAUGUGUCAGCAUCCCUCGAAGAAAGCAACUUGGCCAAGCUAG